UCCCAUAAAGGGCGCGCGUUUGUGGCCGGAUGCUCCAUGGGUCCACUGAUGCACUACUGGUACCUGUGGCUGGACAGAGUGUGUGUGGGCAAGACUCUGAGCACAGUGGGAAAGAAGAUUGUGGCAGAUCAGCUGAUUGGCUCACCCUUGAUCGGGGUGUGGUAUUUCCUAAGUAUGGAUCUCAUGGAGGGACAAACCUUCGCUGAAGCUUGGGAGGACUUUAAAAAUAAGUUCUGGGAGAUUUACCGGAUGAACUUAUACAUCUGGCCUCCUGCUCAGAUCAUCAACUUCUGCUUCAUCACUCCUAAAUUCCGUGUCCUGUACAUCUACUCUGUGAGCUUAGGAUGGGACAUCUACCUCUCCUACAUCAAACACAGACCAGAAAGCUGAUCCAGAGCUCCCAGCAUCCGAUCCUCUGAAGGAGAACACCUGAGUCUGAGUUCAUGCUGAGCCGGGAAGCUGGCCAACGAUCACUGCACUGUCUUAUAUCUUCUCUUUCAUCC